AGAUAACCUCUUAGCCCCAGGCCGGCAGGCUUCCAUGCUGACGCGACGCAACGCAGGUCACCUAUUAAAUAAGUGACGAUAACCCAGCAAACAGGGUCACAAAAGUAGUCUUCUUCUUCACUCCCACACCACAACCACAACUCCAAUCUCAUCCAGCCUCACCCAGCGCCAUCCGGAAACACCAACGCCGAAAUGCAUCUCAUAUUAACCGGCGCGACCGGCCUGGUCGGCUCGGGCGUGCUCGACGCCAUGAUCAAGAUGAAAGACGUCACAAAGAUUUCCGUCAUCAGCAGGCGGCCGGUGCCGAUGGCCGAGGACGCAAAAGACCCCAAGAUAAACGUCAUAAUCCACAAGGACUUUGAGAAGUACGACGCAGACCUGCUCUCGCAGCUAAAGGGCGCCUCCGGCUGCGUAUGGGCGCUGGGAAUCAGCCAGACCAAGGUCGGAAAAGAAGAGUACGUAAAGAUCACAAAAGACUACGCCCUCGCCGCCGCCAAGGCCUUCCAAUCGCUCCCAGGCGACGACGCCAGCAACAAGGACGAACCAUUCCGGUUCGUGUACGUCUCGGGCGCAGGCUCGACUCUGAAGCCCGGCCUAUUCACGUCCCUGUUCGCGCGCGUCAAGGGCGAGACCGAGCUAUCGCUGUCCGAGAUGCGCGCCGCCAACCCGCUGUUCGGCGCCACGUCGGUGCGGCCCGCCUUCAUCGACUACCACGCGCACGCCGCCAUCAAGCCGUACAUACCGGCGCAGGGCGCCAUGAUGGACACGUUGGCCUCGGUGCUGGGGCCGGCCAUCAGGGUCGGGUAUAAGAGCAUGUGGAGCCCGACGGCGCAGCUGGGGCAGUUUCUGACGGAGAUGGCGAUGGGGAGGUUUGAUGAUAGGUUGCAGGGCGAGGGGGUGGAGAGGUUGGGGGAGUUUGCUAUUCUGGAGAACUCGGCUUUCCGGAGGUUGGCGGGGCUGGAUAAUAAUGGGAGGGUGUAGUUGGAGCGGUUUGGGCUAAAUUUAUGUACGAUGAUUGUGAUGACGAUACCACUGGUAGAUCCCGGCGCAAGAGCCACCCCCCUCCUUUGUUCACCUUAUCAAGAAGCUUGCCUUGAGUGAUAAGUUGGGCCUCACUGGGAAACCUAGAAACGGGGUCCAUUUGCCUUCAAACCUACAGCCUCUCGUUUGCCCAAGCUGUACAUCUUCACUGUCAC